CCUUGUCGUCGAACUUUGACAUAGCAAACAACUUGGGCAUUGGAGUGUUCUGUAACAGGUAUCAGCAACAAACACGUCAUGUGACAGUUUGUGUGUGUUACUGAAAGAUGUAGGUUUAUAUUCUAAUGAGUCGGCCCGUCAAAACCUCCAAAACAAUCAUGAAACAAAAUUUAGAGGAAGCAGUAGCUAGGGCAGAGGAAAUUAUUAAUCAUGUCCGAAGCAGGCCAUCUGCACAGAGGUAUACAACCCCAUCAUCAGCGAAAUGGAAAUCAUUACCCCAGAAACUAUAUGAUAUGUAUAUAGAAGAAAUCCAGAAAGACCCUGAAAAUAAGAAAGUCAGAUAUGGAUGUCAUUUACUAGAUAAGUUGGCUAACCGGGAGAAGUUGCAAUGGCAGUGUUUGAUAGUGAAUUUAUAUCCAGGUAACCAGGGUUACAGUUUGAUGUUACCUGGCAACAAUAUAGCAGAAUCAGAAACUAUAAAGCUUCCAUAUGCAGAAUCAGAAUUUUUAGAUUUUAUAGACAAUGAAGAGCUUCCCCCAAUUUUAGUUGAUUUAAUAGAGCAGACACACCCUUUUUUGUUCUACAAUGGCUGUGUAAUAACAGAAGUUAAAGAUUACAGACAGUCCCCGAAUGGUCAGUCGUACGCCAGCCGCCAUGUUUUACUUAGGCCAACACAACAGUCUGUGGUUGCAGAUGUUAAUGCAAUAACUAGUGAUGGUCAUCUGUGGACAAUGGAUGAUAAAAUUCAACUGGAGUCGCAAUUGAUUCUUGCUACUCAGAGUCCCUUGUGCCUGGAUCCCUCCUUAUCCGUAUCUUGUGUUGCUAAUAAAUUACACAAUGAAAAGCACCGGUUCAACACAAAGUCUAUACGAAGGUGUUUAAAAAGAUAUUCCCAAGUAGCUAAGAAUAGGAAGGCUAUUCAAAGAAGAAUGCCUGCUCCCCCUGAAUUACGUCUUCAUGAUUUUUUGUCAAAGAGGAAGAACAGAAAUGCAGUAUUAGCUGUCGAUCUUAAGAUUGGAAAACCAGGUGUCGAUUUAUGGCAACAACGACCUUUAGAUAUCCAGAAGGUAGACUCAUUAAAUAUUCUUGAACUUGCCAGUUGUCCAGAUAAACCAAAGAUGACUAAUGAUAAUACACCUAUUACGAUUGAAGAAAUUAUUUUAGAGACCGAGCGAAGCAAUGGUAAAAUUCACCAUGCAAAACUCACAAUCCAACAACGACAGUCAGACUCCUGUUAUCUCGGAGAACUAUACUCUGACAAAGAUCACAACUCUCAAGAAGGUCGUAGGUUAGGAGCAACAACUAAAUUUUCAUUAGGAACAAGGCAUAAUGCACAAAGGUAUUUGAACCAAUUCCAAGACUUGCAUACAGAGGAGGGAAGAAGGCCAGUGAAAAUCACAAGAAUAGUACCGGGUCACCCCCCACAGGUGGUACAAUCGGCCAAUUACCCACAUGCCCCAUCAUCUUCAUCUCAAUCUGCAGGGCAUGACAAUACCAGCACUAACCAGCAGAAAACUUCAGGACCAAUUGUAGUCAAAACUGAGCCAUCAGGUGAAGUUGAGUUUGCCGGCACUCAAGCCAAGCGUAUACGACUUCCUCCACCUCCAUUAAAAUUAUCUGUGUCGCUAAGCAACACAGGAAGCUUAAGCACAAACUUUUCUAACAACAACACUCAACAGAUGCAGAUAUCAGGUGGCAAUAUCCAGUCCCAGCCAAUAACUAUUUCAACCCAAGGGUCAUCGAACUCAUUCACCACAAACCAAGCACUCAGUCUCCUGCAACAACAAGGUAGCAAUAGACCCCAGCCCCCAGCCUACCUCAGUCUCAAUAGGUCAUGUAGCAUUUCUGCAGAUGGUACCAGCAUUGUACAGUCACCUGUUGGAACACCUACAAACACGCCUGUGUCAGUCACUGUUGGUGCUCAGCUUGGGUUCCCAAGUUUACCAGGCUCAAUUACUCCACAAUCAAUCAAUCAAUCAAUCAAAUCUCCACCUCCCCCUGCAACCCCACCCCCAAGACACACAUCAGCUCCUACAAGCCUCCGUAGAUUAUCAAUGGAUGACAGAAACGUACAAGGUUCUAUGGCACCACCAGCUACACCUCCCAUGCUGUCCACCUCCUCCGCAACCCCUCCACCGCCUAGCCCUAAAGGACUCCUUAACGCAGCCACUGGUCAAGAAGUGUCUAUAUCCCUGGCUAAUGUUUCUCAAGCUAGCCUACCACAGGCUGGAGUAGCUGUCGCUCUUACCAUGGAUGGCGGUAGCAUAGCUCUUCCAAUUACUGGCCUUGUAAACCAUUCGCAAGCAGGUUUGGUUCAAAGUUCAACCAACUUGAUCAACACCCCAAUUGGUGUUAUGACCUCCCUCGGCAGCCUCAUCUCCAAUGCACAGGGUAUAAUCCCGCUGCAAACAGCGCCCUCUACAACUAGCAACACUAUCGCCAUUACCAACACAACUCAAGCAAAACUCAACAAUGCUCAACUUGUCGUUGGCAAGUCAGGAAAUGUAGUGAACCUGAGUGGAUCACAGCUACCAGUAGGUAUCAGUUCCGCGGAGCUUAGCCAGCUACUAGCCGUGAUGAAGAACGCUCAGGCUGUUAGGUCAACAGGUGGUAGUCAACAACUACAAAAUGUAUCACUUUUGCAGCUACCAACAACAAACAACCUUCUUCAAAGAAGUCAGAACAUAUCCCAGAAUGCAUCAACAGUGGCAUCAAUUAGACAGGUUGCGAAGACACAGCAGCGUCAACAAAUUGUAUACAACGCCAAUUUGCAACAGCACACAUCACAUAUAAAUACAGUGUUGCAACAGCAGCAGCAACAACAGCAGCAACAGCAACAACUCCAGCAACAGACGUUUCAGACAAACCAGACACAAACACUGCAGGUGCAACAAGACACGCAGACACAAAUACAGCGAGCAAGUUCGGCGCAACUGUUGACUGGCACAAACCUCUCACAAUUGGCCCAGUUGCCUGCACCUGUUAUACAACAAGCAAUACAGCAGCAACAGCAACAGAUACAACAGCAACAACAGCAACAGCAGUUGCAACAACAGCAGCAACGACAACAAGUCCAGCAGCAGAUUGCAGCUCAACAAGCGUUCAGCAAACAGCAGCAACUGUGGCAGCAACAUAAGGCUGCAACAAAACCGAAGGCCAAGAAGAAAAAAUGAAGACUGUUAGGUAUACAGUAGUACCCCCCUUCUUCCUUUGGGACACCCCUAUUGAGGAGGAAUUAUUUGGCUAUGAAGCGAGGGAAAAUAUAUCUUUUAACACUACAGCCAAACCCUAUUCAGCGGGCACCUGUAUAAUGGGGAAAAUUGUUUUAUUCUUAGAGGUGUCCCCUAAUAAUGUAAUGCAGUUGGAUUUAUAUAGCACUUUACACCAGAUUGUCAGAACUCAAAGUGUGGACUAGCUCGUACGGUAACUUUCUUUUCACCUAAGGGUCUUUUCGUGUCUGAGCUGCUGUAUAAGAUAUACUUCCACUCAAAAAAAUCAAGAAAAAAAAAAUGCGAAAUUUAACUAAAAGUUUGGAUUGCUUAUAAUUAUAAGUCAGAUGAAAAGGCAAAGACUUAGCAAUGGUGAUAUUUAAAUCUCUGUUAAUAGAUCUUUCCAAGGUGUCAAUCAAACUUUACAACUGACCAAUCAGAAGAGAGGUCAGGAAUAUGUGCCAAGUUCUACGUAUGCUUCUACACUGUCAUGUUGUAGGACCAUAGCAACAUUUUCCAAGGGGGUGGGACUUGGCUGAAAGUUUCGUUGGCAGGACAAGUAUUUCCUCAUUCUAAUUUUCAGUAGAAAGGUCAAAGGUUAUACCUUACUGAAAAAUAUACGAAGUAAGCAGAUUCAGUACUUAUUUUAAAUUUUAAACUGUAGUAGAUUUAUGUGGUGUGGAAUAUUCCCACCAAGAAAAACUAAAGUCCUGAGAUGAGGGUUGCUUUGUAUAAUAUGCACACUAUUUUAUAAGUCUAUCCUGGAUAAAAUGACUUAUUUACAAGAAUCCCCUGACUAGAACACCCCUUAAAAAUAAUGGAAUAGUCAUUUUAUCAAGUUUCGUAAAUAUCAUCAUUGAUUUGUAUAAUUUAGGAGGCUAUUAGGAUGUAAGUGAUAUCCAUGCUAUUUGAUGGUGGCUCGCUUUUUAAACUCUCAUGCAAUUACCCAAAUAUUUAUUCACAACCACCUGUAAAUAUUGAAAAAGUGAAUUUUAAAAACACAACUCUAAUUUUUAUUUUUUUAUUUAUAUCUAACAUCAAGUACAUUCACUAGUUACAAGACUGAAUAUUGUGAUCACGUUACUAGGGUCCCAAGUUUCCUGGAAGUCGUCGGAGUUUCCCGGAAAUUGGGAAGGCAUUUCCGCAAGCAAGCAAGAAUCUCACAGAAAAUAACCCAUCUCCUGCAAAUUCAUAAAAUUUGCAGGUUUUUACUACUUUAACAUCAAUUGUCUCAUGGAAAUCAGUGCCGAUUGGUAAACACAAUGCCCAGCAAUAUAAAAUUAAACAUGUUAAGAAAGUUCAUUUAACCAGAUCUCUCGGAAGGGAUUUCUUCCAACCUGGAACCCCUGCAUUACACAGCUUAAGCCCAAAGCCCACAAGAGUAGUUUGCUCAGCAAACAACCUCUUGUAACAUUCUUAGUGAGACUUUUGCCUCACGAAACAUUGAGCAAAAUACCUAUCGUGUUUAAUAUUUUCUGUGAAAGCUCACUAUGUGUGCCUGUUUUAAGCAAACAGCUUGUUUGCGGUCGAUGUAACUUAUGAAUUGGCCAAUCACAAACGCCAUUUCACCCAGGCUAGAAGCAGGGCUAGCUAUUAUGUGAUGACAGGUGUUAACAUAUGUAUGCAAUUUCCUAUGUCGUGCCACAAUGCUUGCAGAGCAAAAUGGCAUUGUGCCAUGCUUAAAGCUUGGUCCAGACUACUAAAUUUUAUUUGACAAAAAAAAAACAAACAUGUGACAUGCCUAUAUAUGGUCAUGAUGACAUCACAUCAUGACCAUAUAUAGGCACAUCAUGGCUGUAUAUGGGCAUAUAUAUUGGCUCUUUAUAGGAUUUCGACCGAGGACCCUGGAUUGAAAAGCAAGCAUCAAGUUUCAGCUUUACAUUUAUAGUAGGAAAUGCCAAACUAUAUAUAAAUUUCAUUGAUUAAAAUAUUUAUAGAAAUAUCAAUUAUUGGAAUAUUGCAUUAAUUAUUGAAAAUUAUAUAAUUUAAUUCAACAAUCACUUAUGUAGAAGACCAACGUACAGUAUCUAUUUUGAAUGUAUUCUAAUAAGUUAUGUAGCACUAACCAUGUGCAGUUCUUGUGCUACUUACCUUUUUCAAAGUGUGGAGUGUAGUUUAAUUCAGACCAAAAAGGGUUUUGUCAUAGGUUUGAGCUAAUCAUUUAAGACCCUUCCAUGCUUUACAACCAAGUCUCCUUAUGAAGUUUGUGGAAUGAAGAGCUAAUAAUUCGGGGCCUUUGAUGCUUUAUAACCAAGUCUUUUUAUGAAGGUCUUAGUAGAGAUCUGAUCAUUUGGGACCCUUCUAUAACCAAGUGUUUUAUGAAACUUUGGGCAAGAAGAGCUGAUCUUUUAUGAAGCUCAUCAUGUGUGACUAUUUGUGCUUUAUAGCCAAGAUUAUGAGACUUGGGGGUGUUGAGGGAGCAGUGUUGCGACAGCAGGGGGAAUUUUCCUCCUGUUGGACAGGCCUGGAUCCUCUGUCAUCAGACGCACGACUAGAUCAUCAGAUCAAAAAUUUAAAAAAUAAUAAUUUGCCUAUCCAAAUAACAUUAUUUUGACUGCCAAUGCCUAAUACUGUAUUAUGGUUUAAAAGCACAUCUUGGGGCCAUGCUAAGCCAUAGAAACUCUCCCUGUAGAGCCUACGAGGGAGUUUUUUUCAGGCCACUCUGAGGGAGAGGUGAUUCAUUUGGACCCCCAUUGCUCUGUAACCAAGCCUAUGAAGCUAGGGUAUGAACCUAUAUAUUAUCAACCUUUAGUGAUUCAACAAGCACAGAUCCAGUUUGGGGGUGGGGGAGCGGCAUGUCCCCCUCCCCUGUUGUGCCACUAAAUUUUAAAAAUCUCAAUGCAUAUCGAAUAUGUAUUGAAAUAAGCGCUACUCAUCUAUUUUAAAAAUGUUGUGGCCCCCUGUUUGAUGCAGGUGACACAGUUCUCUAUACAACAUGGGUGGGCAAAUUGCGGCUCCCGGGCUGGAUGCGGCAAAACAGCAAUGUUUUUGCGGCCCACGAAAAUGAAAAACCCUAUGUGUGUGGACCACCAAGCAACAUUGACAAGAAAACACCUUGUUUUUUACGGCCUGAUACCGAUCAAAUGUAAAAAGUAACAUUAAAACUGAGAAUAAAGUAGUGUAAAAGCAGUACUUGGAGGUUUCUGGAAGCACACUGGAAACUGGAAGUUUGGGUGUGGCCCUCUGCCCUAAAUCAAAAAUUUACUUUGGCCAUCCAACCAAUAUUUAUGCCCACUGCUGCUAUACAGUAACUAAAUAUUUGUUUAUGUUGUGAAGUAUUUAAUUGUUGUGAGAAACAUCUUGUAAAUUUGAACCCAGGGCCUUAGGUAUGGAAAGCAAACGUAUUAACCAAUAGACCACAGCCCCUCUAGUUAAAAGUAUACAAAGAUAAACUAAACCUCCGGGAAACUCAUGGGCAUAGACUGGAGUUGCAUCACCCCCCACCCCACCAAAUGAAGGCAAAUUAUUUCCACUAAGUAGGUUAAAAUACUAAAUGUGACCAUUAAUUUUUCAUUGGAAUAGGGAUUUUGUUCCGCUUUCUCAAUUUUCACAGGCCAUUUUACACACC